AUGUCGCAUCCUCACGCAGCAUUAUCCAAUUGGACUGCCGAUCCAGCGCUUGCGAGCUCAGCAAACGAACCACCACCUCGCUACGACUGUCACCAAUUUCCCCCCACGCCUCCAGCAUUGCACACUUCAAUUCAAGACGAUGGUCCCUCGUCGUACUUUGAUCAGCCCUUUCACUCUUCCACACCUGACCAACCGCAGCCCAGUUCGGCCUGGUCACCAACAGCUGAGCCCCCUCGCCUCUUUGCUUCUCGCUUUCCACGAUGGGGGACAUGGCUCGAAAAGCGUGCAUUGGAGCGCCAUUAUGCUCAGCUCGAGAGCCAGCAACAGCACGACCAAGAUCUCGCAGCUUCAAGCUCAGCAGAGACGCCAAACAGGAAGAAGAGCUGGGGCGCCUGGGUCAACGAUCCCGACGCCAUCAACGACGAAACCACGUCUCUCCCAUCGCAAAAAUCGCAAACAGCUUCCGCCGCAACCUCGGCGCCUUCACUUCAUGUGAACUACUUCGGCUCUCGCUUCAUACCACACCUCUCUGCGCAGCCGCUGUGCAGUAUACUUAUCGAGAUACCCUCACCUGGACAUCGUCCCAAAUUCGAUCACGAUCCCAGAAGGCAGGUGCUUCUCGUAGGCACAGCCCAAGGUCUUUUUGCCAUCCAGUUUCGAUCUCGACGAGUUCCUGUGCCUGGCGGUACAGCGGCCUCCUCUCCGUCCAGCCCGCACCACCCUUCUCGUCAGUGGAACGAUAACGUUCGAUGCAUCCCGAUCUGGACCGGCCUGGCUGUCUAUCAGAUGUGCGUCUUGGCAUCCCAGCCUCAACACACAAGCGCCGCCAACCCUGCGCACACCUCACAGUCCGAAAAGAUGUCGAGCUCGGGUGUCUUGCUCGCUCUGACCUGUCCUUCUUCCGCCAGAGAUAGCUUCCUCGCAUCCUCCCUAGUGCAACUCAGUGCCCACGCUAACUCAGUCUUGGAGAGCGUAGCAGCUUCGGGCAAUCUCGCUUCUAGCUCUUCCAGCUCGAGCCACAACAGUCAAGGCAUCCCUGAUGGCAACGAAGGUGUCGCUGCAGCCAAUUUCGGCUCCACAGCAGGAGGAGGCCCCGGUCGUGCCGUUCCUCCUGGUGGCACCGGAGCUGUCAGGAUGUGGCAUCUGCAAGCCAUCAGAGAGCUCCUUAUCUACGCACUCGACAGACACGAUGCACAAGUUCCGAUCAAUCUCGCAACAUCGCCCGCUGUUGCUGCAGACAAGCGCGCAGGACUCGGUGCCAUGUUCAAGAAGACGUUUUCGAGGCAGAAAGGCGGACCAGACAACAAAGCAGCGCAGCACCAACGAAGCGUCUCUAGUGGCUUUCUCUCGUCAAGCGUGCAGCCUUUAAACAGACCUAGUGCUACAAUGUCCGCGUCACAAUCUCAGCAAUCUGUUCCGACUUUGUCGAGCCGUGGUGUCGGCCAACAGCGACGCGAGCAAGAGUCUCGGUUCAGACCAACUCGGAUCCCAUCUCAAGAGCGGAAAGCUAGCUCUCCGCAGUCAUCGCCCCCUUCCGCAAAGCGUCAGGCGGAUCCCGCGCACGAAGCCGCCAUAAGCUUGGCCUCGAGCUCGGUUCUCAUCCUGCCACCAUCCCAUGCCACCGCUGCAACGCAUGGCAACAAUGCCUCGUUCACCUCGCUCUUCGCCGACGACCUCAUCCAAUCCUUUUCAGGAACCAGACAAACCGGAGGAAAGGGAAAAGACCGUGAUACAGGCUUGCAAGCUACGUCUAAGGGUGUCUUGUUCUUCUCGGUACACGAGGCGGGCAAGGACACCAAAGCAUCAGGCACGUGGUACCUUGCCUUAACCUACCCUCGCAGCGUCAUGGUGUACGAGGCUGCCAUGCCUAGAAACGGGAUAGCAAGGGCUUGGUCGUUUGUCAAGGAGUUUUACGCGCCCUUUCACAUCAAGGCCGUCGCUUUUGCUCCGGCAGCUGUGUCCGAUGAGACGAAUUCCUUCACCAAUCUCGGCCCAUUGCAGGCCAGUGCGAGUUACACCAAGCUGAGAGUGGCAUCUGCUGAUGGUCCUCUUCUCACGUCUAAGAAAGGUUCCCACCGAGAGCAAAGCCGUACGAGCGGCGCAUCGAGCCCCGUCAAUGCGCCUCGUGGGAACGCUGCUCCAGCGUCCUGGCAUAAGGCCGACCUAUGUCUCCUGCUCAGCUUUGGUCGUAGGGCGGUCCUUGUACGCCUCAGAGACUCCUACGUACGCGAGAUGGAACUCAAGCCUCUAGCUCAACUGCUCGCGGCGGCCGCGGCCGCUGACACCUCUGACAACGCCUUGCCCACUCAACUGUCGCUUCAAACUCGUGGUUCAGUUCCAGCUGAGCAUACAAGCAGCCACGAUCGCUCGAGACCCUUGAGUGUGGUCGGUGACGGCGGUAUGCCCGCAGAGCGCCAGAUGCCAGGCGGCGUUCCCGGACACUCUCGAGCGGGGUCCAUGGAGCAGAGGUUCAGAGACGCUAUUCUCGAUAAACGAUCAAUGAAGCACAACUGGAUUGGCUUUUCCACCAUCGAAGCACGCAUUUAUGUUCGGCAAUGGUACGAGGCAGACGAGCAAGGCCACAGCGCUCCCAGUCGUGCUUGGCGACACGGACAGGAGGUGCUUGGUCUUUCACCAAUUGGGGUUUCCAUGGUCAAAGGCUGGAAUGCUUCUUUGCCUGCCUCGGUGGACAAAGCUCUUCCACGGGCGCCCGCGCCACUGAACGCAUCCUUCGAACGACGUAUCUCAAGGUUGCACUUGUCCGAACAAACCUCUCUUUACCACGAGCAGCUGCAGGUUGAAAGCAGCAGUGAUAGCGAAGACGAUCUCGGAUUCGUAGAUAUGCAUGAGCGAGCAGCCAGAUAUAAACUCACGGAUCCUGGACCUUUACUGCCAUUGAGCAACAGCAACAGAAUGGCUCCUUCAAACACCCACUCGAGAACGCCACAUCGCUCCCUUUCACUUCCCCCAGCCGAGCUUGUCUCUGCUAAACUAGCUCUUGCGUCUAGAGGUUCCUUGACGCAUGUUCUUCCACUUCCAUUGCCUGCGGAUCUGGCCCAAGCAGCACCUCUUGCCCUCGUACAGUGGUCUGACACACCCAACGCCGUAUCCGGCUGGGCCCGAGUGCUCGGUGUUGAGCGAGCGAGUUCCAGAGGCACCACGCCCCUGAGUCACGUCAAGCAGCAACCCAGCUCUCCUUACUUCGGGGAUGGGCGCGCGAAUCAAGCCAACACUGCUUCCGAUGCUCGCCGCAAGGCCGAAAGACUUGUGCUGCACGUCGGUGUCACGUGUGUAGCAUUCCUGGCGAGUCGUAUCGAGUCGAGAAAAGUCACAUUUAAGAUCCCCGCCGAGAUCAACUUUGAUCUCCAGCCACAAACCGAGCUCGAGCUCCUACCGCUUUCGCCGGAUACAGAGUACGGCCGUGCUAAUGGGGCCGGCGCGGAAGUGAAUCAGACGGAGAUGGGUCAAGCACGUGACGACGACGAGAAUGAAACCAACGCAGGCGAAGCACGUAGCGCAGUGUCGUUCGCCUAUCCACCGAUAAAAACGGCAGCACGUCAAACAGCUCGCAGCGCAAACGAGACAAGCACCAUUAGCCAAGAGUUGGAAUACCUCUGCGCACCUUUGCUCACUCUCCAUCCGAUCGACUUGAAUCUGUACAGCAGCGGUGCGCAAUCGCUCGUCCUGCCACUCUCCCAGACGUCGUCAGGAGAAGCAUCGACGCCACACGCCAUGCUACCUGAGCUUGCGGGCGACGCAGCCAUCGUGGCGUUUGACUGGCGUGGCGCAGAUGACUUCCGCAUAUUCACCGUCGGUAUUGCAGGGUAG